AUGGCGUCCAAACCAGCGGCUGAGUCUGUGCAAUGCUUCGGGAGGAAGAAGACGGCGGUUGCAGUCACCCACUGCAAACGCGGAUCGGGUAUGAUCAAGCUCAACGGUUCGCCGAUCGAGCUUUACCAGCCUGAGAUCCUCCGUUACAAGAUCUUCGAGCCAAUCCUCCUCCUCGGGAAACACCGAUUCGCCGGAGUCGACAUGAGGAUCCGUGUCAAGGGUGGUGGUAACACAUCUCAGGUGUACGCAAUCCGUCAGAGCAUCGCCAAGGCCCUCGUUGCUUUCUACCAGAAGUACGUUGAUGAGCAGUCGAAGAAGGAGAUCAAGGACAUUUUGGUCAGGUACGAUAGGACUCUGCUCGUGGCGGAUCCGAGGAGGUGCGAGCCGAAAAAGUUCGGUGGUCCCGGUGCUCGUGCUCGUUUCCAGAAGUCUUACCGUUAA